AUGAAUUCUGGAUUCAAUCCAUCGAGCUCGCGAAUGAUGUCUUCAAAAUUGUCCAUGUCUUCGCCACCUCUCCAUUCCGAAGUUCACCCUUCGCCAAUACGACCUCUUCCCCAACAACAACAACCAUUACAUGUUAUAUCUCCUGUUUCAUCAUCAUAUCAAGGCUUAGGAAGUAAGCCAUUAGUAUUGAAUCCGAUCACACCAAAUUCGACCCUUUCACCCUCUUCAUCCUCUCUACCAUUUCAUUCAACCAAUCAUAGUAAUCCUCUCAAUCACCACCCAACAUCACAUUCAUUGGAAGCAAAACCUAAUACUCCAUCUUCAUCGUUUGGGAAAUUUAUCAAUUUCUCUCAAUUGUCAACAAAGAAGCAAAUGAGUGGCCUUCCCUUAUCUCAAAGCCAUAAUUCGAGCCUUAAUAAUAGUCUUUCCAAUUUCCAAGAUCGACACAACAACAACUUAUUUGAAGAAUCAACAAGUAGAAUGAGCAGUCAAACACCAGAAUUAUUCUCGAGUCGCCACGACGAUAAUGACCAUCACGAAGAUCAUGAGGAUCACUCAGCCUCAUUUGAGCAAAGCUUGCCAAGUCCAAAAGCAUCCUCAACUGGUUCUUUAGUGAAAUCCAAACUUAAAUUCUCUGAAUUGGGUUCAAAAAUUUCAGCCAUUGAUGAAUCCAUGAUGCAACAGGAAAAAGUGAGAAAGAAGCGACAACAACAAAUUCAAGGGCUUGAACAAAAAAUUGAUAUCACAAACAGUAAUCUUUCUCAAGUGGAGAACAGAACCACGUCACUUGAAUCAGCCCUUGAGAAAGUUGAAACUCUCAUUUACCAAGAGCAAGGCAAGAGAGAUUUGUCUGAAAAGAACAUUAUUUCCUUUGUGGAAGAAAAGUUUAAUCAGCUUGCCAUCAAAAUUACCCAAGAGAGGGAACAGCGCAUAAUGGAGGAUGAAUCCAAUCGAAAACGGCUUAAAAGUUUAGAAGAGAGUGUAGCGGCCAUAAAUCUCACAUUAGAUAGCCUAUCGCAAGAAAUUUCCUCACAACAGUCUCAACUGGAUCUUUUGGCUUCGAAUUUUAACAGCUUUACAAAUCAAUACAAGCAAGACAGAAAACAGCUCUUGGAUCAAAAACAAGCCGAAUCCAAAGAAAUACAGCUGCAAUUUACAGAUACCAAGCAAAAGAUUUCAUUUUUGGAAAGCGAAAUGCAUAAGCAAGAUACGAUCAUUACAAAUCAGCUGAACAUGUACAUUCAUGAUUUGUCACAAGAAUUAUCUCGUUUGAGGACAGAGGUUGAUAACAAAGCGAAAAUUUCGGUGGAGCCUAUGAUAGCGCAAAUCCAACAGCUCUUCUCAACUAUAGAUAGCAACAAAACACAACUCACUUUACAGAUCGGAAAUCUUCAACAACAGUUAGCAGCCCAAAAGUCUGAAAUAAUAACCGACCAUAUGAAUCCCAAAUUUGAAAAGUUGGAAAAAACAAUUGUUCAUAAUGACAAGACGCACACCAAACAUGUCUUUGAUUUAAAAGUUGAUAUUGAAAAGAAAAACGAAAUGCUGGAAAGUACCAUAACAAAAUUGCAAGAAAUGUUAUCACAUGAAGAGUCACAACGUCUCGAGAGUGAAACCAAUCUUCUUCAAUUGCUGAGCAAGACGAUGAAGCGAAUUCAAAAUGGUAUCAGUGUCUGA